CUACAGCCAACAAUCCCGUAUCAUUUCCCGUUCACCAUCUCGCCAGUGGAAAGCACACACAAAGUCCGUCCUUCACCCUAUCCUAUGGAGGCCGUCUUCAAUUCAGGAUCACGUCGCCGCUCUCCCACUCCAUGCUUCGCAUAGCAUUCUAGGCAAGAUAGCGAAUAGAGCUUGGGUUUCCAUCGUAAUCUGUAGUUUAGAGAGUUCUCUUGUAGGUGGAUCGGGCAUAAGUUGCAAGUCGAUGUACUCAGGGGCAUCCUUGUAUGUACAUACAUGCUUAUCUGUGACCCUGUCUCUCCUUUCAACCCAUCCUUUGAGCAUCGUGUGGUACUCCCAGAUAGGGGAGAGGGAGGUCAAGCUUCACCUUGAGAUACUUCACCCACUCACCUUGUCAUUCUAUGGAUAUGUUGGCAAGGUCUGCUCCAUGUGUGGAACACUUCGCAAACGGUCGUCGCGGGUGAUGAACUGGCGCGAAAUAGAGACGUCGGUGCGUUAAGAGAAGGUAUCAAUGAAGAAGCUAUAACAGACUGAAAGACUGAAAGUAUGGAGGGAUGACGACACGAUAAGAAGAGAAAUCUAAGGCUCAGUUGAAAAGGAGGUGAAGGGGUUUGGGAUUUGAAUAACCCGAAUCAAAAUCUAUUCAAGACAUGUUGGGGGUUGAAACGGUAACUAUGGUUACAGAGUUUGACACAGAACUUACAACUCAAUAUUGACAUUCAAGUGAGAAUGUGGAGGUGCUGUACAGGACAGAAAAGUGAAAACAGUUCCGACGUUUAGAAUGAGGCGGAGCUGAAAGAGGCGGCAACUGUGCUCUUAAUACCAGACAUAAGGACCAUCAGCCAUCACUUCGUGCC